AUGUGUAGUAACAGCUACAGAAUUGCAAAACUUGUACAGCAGGAGGUUAAAGUUAAAAAAAUUUAUCGAGUACUAGAAUAUGAUCGAGAGAGCAAUCCCUGGAUUGAGAACUUUAUUCAUCUUUCAAUGGAACUCGAGAAGCAGAGCAAGGAUCCAAGAGAGAAGGUAUAUCACAAAUUGAUGAGAGAAAUUUUUAAUACGAAAACCUUUUAUGAGGUAUCUAAACAAGAUGGGCUCACAUCUCAAGCUGAUUAUUAUAAAAAUAAAAUAGAAGAUUGUAUAUUUGAAUUCCUUUCUCAUAUGGGAGGGGAUAAAAAAGAAUGGUUAACUCGUAGAGUGGUUAGGACAUUGCGUCAAGUAAUAACUUCGCAGAAAGUAUUGGAUUUGCUUGAUAUAGCUGAAAAUAAAGGACUCGAAAGUCCCGGUCAACUUAUCAUUUAA